AUGGAGAAUUUUCACAUACACAAAAAUUUUGAAAUGGAUAAUACGGUGAGCUUAGUAUUUGGGAUAAUUUUAACCGUAAUUGGAUCAAUAUUUAUGGCAAUUGCAAAUUCUUUAAUGAAAUUAGGAUUAAGUGACUCUAAAAAGAAGAAAAGUAUGCUUACAAAUUAUUCUUGUGAUACAAAAUGGUAUAUUGGUUUUAUUGUUUAUUGUUUUGGAUCAUUUCUACAUAUAAUAGCACUUGGCUUUGCACCCGCAAGUACAUUAGCCCCAGUUAAUUCAUUUGGUCUAAUUGCAAAUGCUAUUGUAGCAAAUAUAUAUUUAAAUGAAAAAUUAGGAAAACUUGAAAUGACAUCAACACUAGGCAUAUUUUUUGGAAUUAGUAUUUGUGCAUGUGCUUCUUUUUUAUGUGAUAAUAAAAUAAAUAUAGAUUUUAAUCCUAUUGAUAUAAUUGAUAGCUGGAAAAAUCCAUGGUAUAUAUUUUAUAUUUUUGUUGCGAUAUUUUUAUCAUUUUUUACAUUAAUUUAUUUAAAUCAUAAAGAAAAUAAAAUAAUUACAGAAAAUGAAGAAAUUUAUACUACAAAAAGAUAUGUAGAGUUAACUUCGUAUGAUGAAAAAAAUGGGUCCAAUGAAGAAGACAAAAAUAAUAUAAAUUCCCCUAUCAGCAAUAAAAGUUUAAAUGAAACUGAAAAUGUAUACCCUAAAUCAAUUGGACUAGCUUAUGGUUUCUUAGCUGGUUUAAUUGGUUCACAAUGUGUUUUGGAAAUUAAAGAAAUUGUUGCAUUUUUACAUAUCGGGAUAACUAAUAAACAUAUAUAUAGAACACCAUUACCACAUUUAUGUUUUAUAUUUUUAGUAAUAUCAAUUUAUUUACAAAUUCAUUUUUUAAAUCUAGGAUUAACAAGAGGAGAUGCAACUCUUGUCGUACCAACUUAUUAUGUAUUUUGGACAUUUUUUGGAACAUUAGGUGGCCUUGUAAAAUUUAAUGAAUUUGAGAAUUUUAAUUUUAAUUCCAUUCUUUUAUUUGUAAUUGGUUUUGUAAUAACAGUAUUAUUUAUAUCUAUUCUAGCUGUACAAGAAAUAGCCUUUUUACGAAAAUAUGUUGAUAAAGAAGUUCCAGAUAUCGCUUUAGAGAAUUUAGAUGUCAAUGCCCAAGUAUUGCAAAAUAAAAAAUUAUCAAAGCAAGUUAUUUUAAAUAUGGGAUUAUUUCCUAUGUCAUUGUUAGGAACAACAGUAGGAAGAAAAAAAUUCCGUCCAUUAUACGAAAGAUUUAGAAGAACAAGAAGCAUUUUGUCUGAUACUCAUAUAGGAGAUCACCAUUGUGAAUAUUCGAUUGAUAAUAACAUAUAUAAUGCUUAUACAUUGCCUUAUGAUAUAUAUAAUGCCAAUAAGGAUUCAUUUUUUCCAAAUAAAAAAGCAUAUAAAUCUUUGGGAAAUAGUGUUGAAAACACUUACAUUUUUUAA